AUGAUUACAAUCGGAAUUAUGAGAUAUUCAAAUGAUUCCGGAACUGUAAAAAAAAUGCUCCAUGCACCAACACUGAAAUUAUACGCAUUAAAAGAACAGCCAGUAUGUAAUAAAGAAGUAAGAAAAAAUUUAAAAGAUUGGACUAUUUUUUGGUAAAAUAAACUACAUUCUACUGGUUUGCAUGCAAAGCUUUAUGCUACUUUUUGGAAUACUCCUGAAGGAUGUGUAUCUUUUUUAACUGAAUUAUUAGCUGGGGGAAGUUUAUAAAAUUUAUUAGAAAAUGUGGGAACUUUACCUGAGAAUGUUAUUAAAAUAAUGCUUCCUUAAAUUAUUGAAGCUCUUGAUAAAAUUCAUUCUUAAUCAAGUCAUUGUUUUGGGUGUUUGUCACCUUCUUAAAUAUUAUUCAAGUAAGAUGGAAAAAUUAAAGUAAAUAUAUUUUUAUUUCUUAUAUUUGUAUUUUUUAUUAUUUUUUAAAUUAAAAAUAAAACAAAAAAAUUAUAUUUAUAAAUAUAAGCUUUCUUUAGGAAUUUCUUAUAGAAAUUGCUAAUAAAGUAUCUUUACGAUUGCUUAAUAAAUCCAAAUAUUUUUAAAAAUCAAUAAUAACUUUUAUAAAAUAAUCUUCCGUUAAAAUAAUAAAUUUAAUAAGCUGAUGAUAUAUUUUAAUUAGGUUUACUAAUAUUAAUAUGUGGAGUAGGUUCAUUGAAUACACUUGAGAAUUUGAAUUUAAUAAUUGAAGGUAUUUACAUCUUAUUAGAAGAUCAAAACAAAGAAAAUCCAACAUAUAAAGACGUAUGUUGUCUAAUUCAUUCUGAAAAUAUUAUAUAUUAAAUAAUAAACUAAAAACAAAAUAUAAAUAUAUAAACAUAAAAUAAUUUAACAAUAAAUAAUUUAAUAAAUAAAGAUCGAUUUUCUGCAAACUAUAUUAGUUUUUUGUGUAAUACUCUCUAAUUUAAUUAUUCAAAAAGAAGUUCAUUGCAAAAAUUAUUAAAGCAUCCUUUAAUUAAUUAAAAUACAGAAAUAAAUAUUUCUAACAAUAUAAAUAUAUAAGAGCUAUUAAAAAUUAGUCUAGACUGGACUAAAUAAGCUUAACUUCCUUUGGAAUAUUAAGGCGCAGGGAUUCAAUAAUUAGAAAGAGUUUGCGAUGCAAUGAUAUUAGUACUACCUAAUUGCGAAAAAUGGUUUAAAACUUCUAAUUAUAUGGAAUAUACAAGACAUAUUAAACAUCUUAAUAAGGAUAGUUCGCAAAUUAAAGUUUUGGCUAAUGAUUUUGGAAUAAAUGCUAAUAUUGUAUAUGAAAAAAUUUCAUAGGUUUUGACUUAAUUAAACUUUAUUAGUUAAAAAAAUAUUUAAAAAUAAAAAUGA